UAGGCUUCCUCGCAACUGUUCGUGCACAAAAGCAACUGACAGUUCUUUGUGUUGAUCAAAGUAAGUCAAUGAGUUGGUUUGGCUUUGGGUUUAAUGGUUUUGGUCAGAUCAGUCGGGCAGAUGUGAAUGGACAGGUGAAGUGUAAAGUGAAGUCACCUGUGCUGAUAUCAGGUGAUGAGUGUGAAUCUGGCGUGAACAGAUCAGACUGCAGAAUCAGAGCCUGCUGGAGCUCUAGAGCUGAUCUUCAGCAAACAUCUGGCAGUGGUGUGUGUUUGUCAGGGUGUGUGUGUGCAUCAUCAGCUCAGGUGUGUGAAAGUCAAGGCUGCACAGACGCUCUCAUCAGCGAAACCCACCUGACGCUCAGCUUCACAGACAGAGUGGAAUUAUGGGAAAUAAAACGGCCACAAAACCAGCUGGUGUGGAAGAAGGAGCACGAGCUCUCGGCAGAACACACUGCCGCUCUGCCACUGGUGUCCGGCGGCUUCGUCCAACACAAACCUCCUUUCUUCCGUCCUCUGAAACUGUGUGCUGUGAGUCUGGCAUUGGGAUCUGAACACGCUCUGCUGCUGACUGCAGACGGGACUCUCUAUUCAUGGGGGUCCGGAAGUCAUGGUCAGCUGGGUCACGGCGCUUUGACAUCACUGGAGGAUCCGCAAGCGGUGGAGGCACUGUGGGGCGUCCCGAUCAGAGCAGUGGCUGCUGGGAACUGGCACUCUGCUGCCAUCAGCUUUGGUGGAGAUCUAUAUAUGUGGGGAUGGAAUGAGAGCGGGCAGCUCGGACUGCCAUCUAGAGGCCUGGAGGAGGAAAAGCAUAGAAGAAGCCGCAGUGGAAAUGGUGACCAGCCCAUAAAUACAGAUGAGAAAAGCCAAACAGAUGUGUUUAUCUCCAUUCAAGCGUUCCCUGCACUACUUGACAUCGCUAACAUGUCUGAGAUUAGCCGGAUUAGCUGUGGAUCUCGUCAUACAGCGGCCGUCACCAGUUCAGGGGAUCUGUACACAUGGGGAUGGGGUCAGUAUGGGCAGCUGGGUCAUGGCACUGAAUACAGCACAGAUGAACCCACGCCGGUGGAUUAUUUCUCCUCUCGCAGAUUGAGUGUUAAAGAUGUUGUUUGUGGGUCGUGGAACACUUUUGUGUCCGUCGUGCCAAAAAAAAACAUCCUCUGUCCUGACAUAAACACACCAGGGUUUAUUAAAUUACUUACAAAUAUAUAUACGAUCCAACAUACAGGAUAGAAAGCAGAGGAAAAACUGCUUUCAAACAUAUAAAUGGUAAAAAUGCUUAACAAGAGAUUACAUUCACAAUUAGGAUGCUACAUUAUUUGAGACAUUACUGAGAUGCAGGUGAAACAUCCGGACCGGAAGCAGCAGCGGUGGAAACUUCACAGCACGAUCUUGAAUGAACUG